ACCAGCAAGCACUUUGCCCGACAUGGUUUCACGUUUCUUUUCCGCCGGCCUCAUCAUCGUGUCCGCUGCCAUGCUCGUCAGUGGUGGCACCACGUCCGCCAGGGAGCUGACAACCCUCGAGGAACGCACCUCUACAGCUGAUCCAGUCCUUAUCGGCUGUUAUCCUGGAGGUGCUCAAGGUUGUCCCUGUCCCAAAGACAAAACUGGCGCUUCUGGGGUGUUGAUCAACUUCUUCCCCGGCUACCAGUGUGCCUAUCCUGGCGGUGCUUGCUCUUGGGACGAUCAGGAUGGUUCGCUCAUGAACACUGCGCAAACCAACUGUCCAUCUUCCGCACCGUGCCCCAGCUCGGGGUGUACGUGCCCCUCGGACCUUAACGGCGACAGCGGUAUUUUGAUCAACUACUUCACUGGCUACCAGUGUGCUUAUCCCAAUGGUGCUUGCACCUGGGACUCCAACGGUGCUUUGACCAACACCCGUCAGGGAAACUGUCCCUCCACGGCGACCUGCGACACGAUCAAGGGCAGACACCCUCCCAAUAAGCCCCGCCCCAUUUUCCCGUUCUGGCCUUUCUGGUUCUAUCCUUGGUUGUAAUACAGUUAGAGUAUACCCAGUACCGUACUCGUCCGGUUUCUUUAGGGUCUUACGCCAGGGGACGUUCGCGAUAACUUGAUACCGGCCUAUAGUUAGAAAAUCUUAGGUAGUUCGCCGGACAAUGUUAGCCGCUUGUUCAAAUACCAUCGAUGUUACAGAAGGAAGGGAUGCAACAAUUGUGUUAUCAUGAGCGCGUUACAUCUGCAUACAUACCGCAUGAAUAAUCGACAGCAAAAGGGCAGUCUGGACCUUGCUUCUU